UCUAAGUAAGCCUAAUGAGACGGUUGCGUGGAUCAGGAAGGUCGCUGGGGAGGAGUUCUGAUCAGUGUAUCUAAGGAGGACUUGGAAUCUGGGUGACCUGGUCGUACUCGAAUCAUUGAUCUAUGAACUUAUAAACGCCUACUUGGUUAUUCCCUCAAUCGGAACUGUUUGUGUCUCCAUUCCGUUUCCGAUGGGUAACACCGGCUCCCCUCGAAACUCCGCCUUCCCAUAACUACAAAUACAGUGCGGAUCAUGUCAGCAGCUAUUUCUAAUCCUCUCCUUCCGCUUCAUACAUUACCGUAUCUAAGAGUCUUCGCUUAAACUCUAACAUAUCUAUUAUCCCUGUUCUCGACACUAAUCCAUCGGUACACAUUGUCCACACUGGCUCUUACUCCAGCAACGACCAUCCAAGAUGACAGAUGCACUACAUACACCAGUCUGGCAGGACCUAGCGCGCUCGAAACGCGAAUCCGUAGCAGCAAAAAUACCAGAAGCGUGGCGCUUACCCUCCCACAUCACGGCGAGCUUCCACGAGAACGCCACGCUGAGUGUCCUCGAUGUACCGCACACAAGCGGUAUUCUCACUCAGCAAGAGAUAGAGAUUACGGAGAACUAUAAUGCAACAGAGCUAGUUCAGCUCAUGCGUGAUAGGAAGCUCAAAAGCAUCGAGCUAGUAACUGCGUUCUGCAAACGCGCGGCUGUUGCUCAGCAGUGCGUAAACUGCUUGACGGAGAUUAUGUUCGAGGAAGCGAUGGAUAGAGCGAGGGAGUGUGAUGAUUAUUUGGAAAAAGAAGGGAGGCCAAUUGGGCCGUUACAUGGUUUGCCCAUCUCGCUCAAGGACAGCUGCAAUGUGAAAGGUGUACACGCUACUAUAGGAUAUGUUUCAUUCAUUUCGCAUCCACCAGCAGCGAUGAACGGUAUGUUGGUGGGUAUCCUACAAGCUGCCGGUGCGGUGUUCCACUGCAAGACGAAUCUACCACAGACGAUGAUGACGGCUGAUAGUCACAACAAUGUAUUUGGCCGGACGCUCAACCCAAACAAUCUGUCAUUAACCGCAGGCGGUUCAACGGGCGGAGAAGCCGCUUUGAUCGCGAUGAAAGGAAGCGUGUUGGGUGUAGCUACGGACAUUGCUGGCUCAGGCAGGAUACCUCCUCUCUGCUGCGGCAUCUCCUCUAUAAAGCCGACCGCAUCUCGGAUCCCCUUUGCAGGCAACGUGCCACCCGGCCGCCUUGGUUCCCCUUCUGGUAUCAUCCCGGUGAUAGGACCAUGUGGCCGCUCGGUGCAAGACUACGAGCUUUUCCUCAAGACGGUAAUAACUGCCCGGCCCUGGGAGGUGGAUGGGAACGUCUUAAACGUGCCCUGGCGCAUGGUCCAGCCUUGCACACAGCCACUACGCUUCGGCCUGGUACGAGGUUGUAAAGAAAGACCGCUGCAUCCACCGAUUGCGAGGGCUUUGCACACCGCAGCUACUCUGCUCAAAUCGCACGGGCACACAAUCGUACUGCUAGAUGAAAAGGUCCCAGAUUUAUAUCAGGCCGCGAUACUGAGUGCGAAAAACUUCCUUCUCGAUCCUGAAAUGACGCCCCUGAAGUAUAUUCAGGCGUCAGGUGAGCCAAUGAUACCCAGUCUGCCGACGGCGGCGGUCAAAGAGCUGGAGGGGUGGAAGCCGAGUUUAGAGGAGCUUUGGGAUAUGAAUAUAGAGCGGAUGAGCAUCUGCCGUAAAUGGCACGACAUACUAGUUGGCGAGAAGCUCGAUGCCGUGAUAAGCUGUGGGUACCAAGCCACGGCGGUGCCGCAUGAUACAUACGGCCUACCCAUCUACACGGUGCUGCAGAAUUUGUUGAAUGUAAGUCCCAUGCGGCACAACUGUUGGCAGGUACUGAGUGCGCGUCAUUAGAAUCCAGCGGGUAUCUUACCGCUUGGAAAAGCGAGCAGAGAAUUGGAUGCGUCCUUUUUCAGGAGCGACGUUGUGUACGAGCCACCAUGUAAGUGUCUUCUGAUAAGGCAGCCGGAUAGAGAUUCCACUGACGAUCUUCCAAGAUGACCCAGACACGUUCGAGGGUGCACCAGCACACGUGCAGAUUACAGGUAAGCCCAUGAUGGACGAAGAGCUGAUAGAGAUCAUGAAGGUGGUAGAGGGUAUAUUGAAGGAGAACGCAUAGGCCAGGGCUGUCAGGGCGGGUCAACGAGAGAUUAUUAUGAUAUUGAUUCAUGGUGUAAUACCUCUGCACCGUUCUUCGUAGCGUCCGGCAGGCAGUGAUAAAGGCGCC